CCCCCCAAACCUCAAUUUUUCCCUCCUUCUUUCUUUCUUUUCCCUCUUCUUCUUUCUUUCUUCCAGCCAGCCGAAACAGUAAGCCUCCACCUUCCAACCGAAACCAUUCAGCCUCCACCAGCCAACCCACCACGACGCCGAACCACCAGCCUUCUCCGACGCCAUCGAAGGUCUCCUCCAUCUUCUGACAACCGCAAGGUAGCCACAAAGGAUUGAAGUUCUGGGGUUGUUUACUUUGCAAAAAUAAACAAGGAAGAACAAGAAGGGGUCGAGAAGAAAGGGAGAUAGAUAGUCUGAUCUCGCUCAGAGGGUUGAGAAAAAAUCUGUUGAGGUGGGUCAUCAAGAUUCAAGAUCCUUGGACUAGACAGUGGCUUGGACUUUAUGAAUUUUUUUCAAGAUUAAAGGAGCACGGUAAGGCUCUUUGGGAUAAAACUCUUGAUCUCAGAUUUUUGCUUCAGAAAGCAAUCUAAAGUUCAAAUAGAUCAUCUCGGGUAUGUUUUAAUGGUUAAAACUUAUUAAUUUAGAUUCUAAUUGUUUAAACAUAUUUAGAGGUAUAUUCUUUUAUUAUUUUUAAAAUUAUACAAGUAUAUGUUAGAGGAGUUUGAAUAUCUUAAAUAUUCAUCCAUAGUGAAGUAGGUUCUGGGAUUAUAAUUGUGUGCUGCGGUGAUAACGGAAGGUUGAGAACUUGCAUGUCUUAGUGAAGUAGGUUCUGUGAUAUCUAUAUAAUUGCGUGCUGGGGGAGAUAUCAGGAAGAAAAUUUGUUUGUUGUUUGAAUUGAUUGAAUUAUUUGUAUUAAUAUUGACAGAUGGUUAGGUUACAAAUAUAGGGGAAGUGUUGUCCUUUUUAAAUCAUAAAAAAUAGUAUGAGUCAUAUUAACCUAGAUAGAAAACAAAGGGAAUCUCUUUAUUGGAAGAAAAUAAGUCUCUUAUAUUUUGAAUUUUUUUUAGAUUAUUUAAUUGAACAUAAUUCUGAAAAUAGAUUUUUUUUGUGUGUACAUUUUUAGACAAAAUAAUGGCAAUCGAUAAAGAAUGGAUGUCAGCGAAUAGAUUAUCAGUGAAAUAUAAGGAUGGAGUUGAGCAUUUCUUGGAGUUUUGCGCAAGAAAUGCUAAAGAUCCUAAUAACAUUUGUUGCCCUUGUAUUAAGUGUGGUAGUGUUCAAAGAAUGAAAAUUAUUGAGAUAAAGGGUCACUUAUUUAAGUAUGGAAUAGAUCAAAGUUAUAAGAUGUGGUUUAUGCAUGGAGAAAAAAUCACAUUUAGUAGAGAAUCUCCAUCUAAGAAGAAUAAUUGUGAUUAUGUGAAUGAAGAUGAGAGAGAUGACAUUGCAGAAAUGAUAGGUGGCGCACAAUUUGAAUCAGAUUUUGAUCAAGGAAAAUUUCAAUCCAUGUUAGAGGAUGCUGAGAAACCCAUUUACCCUGGUUGUAAUAAGUUCACCAAACUGUCAACAUUUCUUUCUAAUGCAACAUAUUCAAUGCAAGCUUGCUAUCAAAACGAGAGACAACAUAGUUGCAUUGGGAUACAUCCUUAAGACUGAUAGUACAAAUAUCCAUGGAAAAAAGAUGCCUAAAGAAGUUGCUCGUGUAGUCGUUGAGGUAGCCCACAAUGAGAUGGCUAGGCUACAAUUUCCUAAUUUGAAUGCAGGGAUCACUUUGGUAGGUCAAGCAGUUAGGGUACCAGUAGCAUGGCAUAAACAUCUUAUUAUCGACGAAAGUGAGCGGGGAAAGAAGAGAGCGCAAGAAGAUAUUAACGCGAUGAUACCUUCCACUCAACAUGCACAACCCCCAAAGCUACCGCGUGUAGAGCCAUUGACACAGGAGGUAGUGUCAAUCUCUCACAAUGAUUCAGCAUCUAUGUUAAGAAAUUUGAGCUCUUUAUUGAAGUUUGUAUCACCAUGGGAUAAUGACUACCACAAGAAGAUUAAUAUCCCAUCGCAUGUUUUUGGAUACAACACGAUUGCUACGCUUUUCAAGGAUGAUGUGAUGCAAUUUUGCAACAUGGACAAGAUUGGGCAAACUCCAAUGAUAUUGUAUUUGAGGUAUAUAUUCAUGUCUUUUAUAAUUUAA